GGAAAAAGGAGAGAAAACAAAGAAAUGAAAAGACCCGCUCUCAGUUCAGUCAGCAGAAGAAAAGCAGUUGUCUUUCCAAAAGAAACAAUAUUUCCAGAUCUGUUAAAAGAUACCAGCUUGUGCAGUCUCCAUCGUUAUGUGGUUCUUAGCUCAAGUUGCAUUCUGCACCCCAACUUUGUCUUCUCAGUGCCUGCGAAUUUGCACUUAAUCUUUCAAGUAUUCUGCUGUUGAAACAGUUACGGUAUUGAUAUUUGGGUAUUCGAAAAAUUGUUUCUGUUUCCCUGGUACUUUUAAAUGGAACACAGUUUAGGUCAAGACUCUAUUCCUGGUUUUGGGUCAUUUGAUAAGUCUAGGGUUUUGGAUGUAAGGCCUUUGAGGCGUCUUGUUCCUGUAUUCCCCUCACCUUCUAGUAAUUCUUCAUUUUCGACACCCCAAGGUGCUGCUCCUUUUGUUUGUGCUUCUCCUGCUGGUCCUUUCCCACCUGGGGUUUCCCCAUUUUUCCCCUUUUUCAUUUCAUCAGAGUCUCAAAGGCCGCUCCAACAAAAUCUACAAACACCAAGUGGUAUACCCAAUGAGAAUCAACCGUUUGGCUUCAGUAAUCCAAUAUCUAAUGCAGUUCCAAUAAAUUCCUUUAGGAAUCCUCCUCCACCCUCAACCCCCAACCAGAGUACAGGAACUUCGAAUGGAGGAGAUACUACACCUUCGAGAAGGAUUACUAGAAGUCGUGUCCUACCACAACCGCAACGUGGGGCUGCGGAGGAAGAUGGUUUUAGCGAGAGCGUUGUUGAUGCAGGAAAUACAAGGAAAGUCGGGAGGCCAAAGGGUAAGUUCCAGUCUCAAAAGAGGACACGGGGUGGCCAGGACAUUAAUGUUGCCUUGCCUGAUGUCGACAUUGAUGCAAUAGUUCAUAAUGUUCUCACCACAUAUACUAAUACCUUGAGACAAACUGAUGGCAACAAGGAAUCAGUUGGAUAUGUACUCGUGUGUUAUGAUCUACUACGAAGAAAGAUUUCACAAAUUGAAGAGAUGAAGGAAGGGAUACCAGGAGUGUCGAGAACAGGACGCUCUGAUCUAAGGGCUGGAACUCUCUUCAUGAAUAAGGGAAUUAGGACAAAUGCCCAAAAGAGGAUUGGUACAGUGCCCGGUGUUGACGUUGGGGAUAUUUUCUUUUUCCGAAUGGAACUGUGCUUGGUUGGAUUACACGCUCCAACUAUGGGUGGGAUUGAUUAUAUGGGAGUCAAGAACAGUUCAGAGGAAGAGCCCUUAGCAUUGAGCAUUGUUUCUUCUGGAGGGUAUGAGGAUCAUAUGCAGGAUGGGAAUGAGUUGAUAUAUAGUGGCCAAGGUGGCAAUGCCGGCAACGAUAACAGGAAAGAUAAGGAAACAAAGGAUCAGAAGCUUGAAAGGGGUAAUCUAGCUUUGGAGAAAAGUUUGCAUCGGGGUAAUGAUGUAAGAGUAAUUCGGGGUAUUAAGGAUGUUUCUAAUCCAACUGGGAAGGUAUAUGUCUAUGACGGUCUAUACAAAAUCCAUGAAUCAUGGGUAGAUAAAGGAAAGAGUGGUGGCAAUGUAUUCAAGUACAGAUUGGUAAGAUUACCUGGACAGCCUGAAGCGUUUACAGUAUGGAAAUCAAUUGAGCAAUGGAAAGAAACAAAUACUACAAGGGUUGGAUUGAUAUUGCCAGAUCUUACUUCAGGGGCAGAAACUUUUCCCGUUUCUCUUGUAAAUGACGUAGAUGGCGAGAAAGGCCCUGCACACUUCACAUAUAUUCCUAGUCUUAAGUAUUCAAAACCUGUUAAUCUUACAGAACCUACUGCUGGGUGUAAUUGUACUGGUGGAUGUCUCCCUGGUAAUUCCAACUGCCCUUGCAUUCAGAAAAAUGGAGGUUAUCUCCCAUAUACUGCAAAUGGGCUUCUUGUGAACCAAAAAUCCUUAUUACAUGAAUGUGGUCCUUCCUGCACAUGCCCUCCUAAUUGUCGUAAUCGUGUGUCCCAAGGUGGCUUGAAAAUUCGUUUGGAAGUGUUUAAGACUAAGGAUAAAGGUUGGGGUUUGAGGUCCUGGGAUCCCAUCCGUGCUGGUGCUUUCUUAUGCGAGUAUGCAGGGGAAGCUCUAAAUGUUUCUGGUAUAGGAAAGCUUGGGGAUGACCGUGCAGAUGAUUACAGUUUUGAUGCUAAUCGUACUUGUCAGCCACUGGGAGUUCUGCCUGGUGAUUCUAAUGAGACUCCAAAUGUCCCUUUUCCUCUACUUAUAAGUGCAAAUACUGCUGGAAAUGUUGCUCGCUUUAUGAAUCACAACUGUUCUCCAAAUGUGUUCUGGCAACCAAUUUUACGUGAAAAUAAAAAUGAAUCUGAUUUACAUGUUGCGUUUUAUGCGGUUGGACACAUUCCUCCUAUGACAGAGUUGACUUAUGAUUAUGGGAUGAUCCCUUAUGAGAAAGCAUACCAGAGGAAGAAAAUAUGCCUUUGUGGGUCAAUAAAGUGUAGAAGCUUCUUUUACUAAUGGCUUGUUAAUGGGUUUAUCUGAUGAUGAAGGAUGUUGAUAAUUUCAACUUGUUGAAAAAGUUGGUAUGCUGUCGACUGUGUGAAAGAACUCAUGUAGUAUGUUUGCCUAGGAGAGCAUCUAUUUUCAGAGUUUCCUUACCUUGGAAGCAUCAGGUUUCACAAAUAUUCAAGGUAUUCCAGAAAAUCACGCUUUCCCCAUUAAUGACUUUAGUAUUGGGCACAUGCAAGAUCCUCUUUGGUCAUUGUCAAUCUAUGCUGUAACAUAGAUGUUAUUGGGAGAUUUCUUAUGGAGUUGUUUUACUUGCUUGUAUCUGUUUGCAAAAAGUACAUUUCUCAUCCUGGCGAA